CGUUCGGCUACUGAGCUUCUGUCGUUUUUUCAUAUAAAUAGUGCGUGUGUUAUUCUUAACAUGAACCACGAAUGGCAUUAAUUCAUUAGUGAUCUACGCCUUUCUGAACUUCACUAAACUACCCUACAUUAAUUGAAGAGAAAUGCAAAUGAAGCUGUGUGAAAAAACGUUGAAUAAAAUUAUAAUAUGUUAUAUAAUUCUCACAUGGAAUAGAGGGAAACGUGAAACGGUGUUACAUGGGGAAGUUGAAUUUACGAACGAGUUUUUCGUCGUAAUAGAUGUUUCUAUGGCAGAGAAAGUUAAAGCCUUAUUGAAAGAAAAAUAUUUUGAUUUUCAGUCACAGGUUGUUGACGAUCUUUUCAUCGCUUCAUAUGAAAAGGAUACUAAAAAGGUCUUUGAAGAAACAGAAUUACAAUUACUAACAGAGAGCUUUCAUGGAAUGGUUAAGGAUAUUCAACAAUGCAGAAUUAUGCAGAAUGCAGAUUUAGCAAUAAAAAAUUACCCUAUUGAAGGAUUCGACGUUGAUUACAUGAGUGAAGAUAUCCAAAAAACAAAAACUAAAAGAGAAGGAACAGACCAACAGGAACGUUUCGAGGAGGAACCGUACUGGGAUGAAGGAGAAGGAAUUGAUGAAACGUGGAAAUUGGGGAUAACCGGCGAAGGCAUUACUGUGGCUAUUCUUGAUAUUGGUUUUACCGUUGAUCACCCCGAACUACAGCCAAAUAUAAACAAAAGUCUAACCUUCAACGUCGUUACAUAUGACGCGGACGUGUCUGCAGUUCUGUUCCAUAAUUAUAUUGGAGAAACAAUCCAUAAAACAAAUCACGGAAACGACUGUGCAAGUGUCGUCGCAGCGGUGAAGGGAAACAAGAUGUGUAGUGCAGGCGUGGCGUACAAUUCCAAAAUAGCUGCGCUGUCAAUCGGUACGUUUACAAAAAGAAUGCCAUUGAAGACAAUAAUAACAACCGCUGGCAUGUGCAAAGGCCUUGCUUAUCAGCAGAGUAAAAUAGACAUUUAUUCGUCAAGCUGGACUUUUAGUUCACCAUUUGAAGAAAUGGAUAUUGGAUCCGAAAGAGCAAUAAUUGCUGGAAUUAUAAAGGGUCGGCAAGGAAAAGGCAAUGUGUAUGUUUCUGCAGUAGGUCCUGUGGGAAAUGAGUUCACAAACAGUAUUUUUAUUAUCGCAGUCAACCAGAUUGGUGUGAAAGGAACAAUUCCAAAGAACAGCUAUGCUAAUCCAGGGAUUCUGAUAUCUUCCUUUGGAAAGGGCAAAACACGUGCUGAUGAUUACAUGUUUACUGCUUCCCAGAGGUACAAAUCUGGAAUACUAUGCAACGCAAAUUUCCAAGGGUCAUCUGCGGCAACACCCAAGAUUGCUGGUAUGGCUGCCCUCAUUCUUCAAAACAGUCCUGACUUGACAUGGAGACAACUACAACACCUUCUUGUUCGAUGUUCCAACCACACUAAUCUAAAGGAAUCUAUCAACUUCAAGCGAAAUGGUGCCGGAUACUUUUAUCAUCGGCAUUUUGGAUUUGGAUAUCUGAACGUGGCUAAGUGUAUAGAACUAGCAGACACCGUGACAAACAUUAAAGAGCAAAUGCCAGGCAUAGCUACAUUUCUCUUCGAGUUGCAAGGCCCCAGAAAUCAAUCAGAUGCAAUAUUAAAGGCCAAAGUGAGUUCAUUGAACGAAACAUUGGAGCGUGUGCAAAUCAAAAUACACAAAUCAUUGCUAGAACACAUUUCAAAAGCUGUAUUAUAUUCUCCCAUGGACACCUCGUCUGUCCUCAUCGAUGGUUCAGAGUGGACAAAAGAUGUACAUAUGCCAAUGAAGAGCAAUGCAAUUACUUCAACUCAUUUUUGGGGUGAACGUACAGCUGGAAGAUGGACAUUAAGUUUGAAAGGAAAGUUUCAAAAUGUAAAAGAACAUGCAAUAUUGGGUGCGGAUCUUGGAUAUAUUCGGUCGACGCUGACUCAGCACUUCUCCGAUACACGGCACCAUAUUGCUAAUCCGGUCUAUAAAAAUCAAGCUCGCCAGUUCAUCUACGAAGAAUUCCAGAAAAAUGGAUUGAAUGCGAUUUACCAGAAUUUCGACUUUCUUGGGUUAACUGCAUCCCAGAGGCUUGGUUCCAAAAUAUUUUACAACGCAAAGUUCCAAGGGUCAUCUGCGGCAACUUCUAUGAUUGCCGGAAUAAUUGCUCUCAUUCUUCAAAUCCGGUAA